AGCCUGUGCCUGGCUAACACAACACAACAAGAGGCCGUUCAACAUCACAAAGUUCAACAUCACAAAGUUCAACAUCGCGAAAUCCAACAUCGCAAAAUCCAACACAGCAAAAUUCAGGAUCGCAGAUUCAACGUCAACAGCCUCGCAUGCCAUAUCAUCACAACAUCCUCUAUCUAUUAG